CCAGGCUGACUCAUCAGUAGAAACUGGGAAGAGCUGCAGAAGAGAAGCCAAACAAGCAAGCUGAUAACUCAAAGAAAUACUCUUUUGAGGAGGGAGUUCAGAGUGGAGCCAUCAUGAGCGAUGUUACCAUUGUGAAGGAAGGCUGGGUUCAAAAGAGGGGAGAAUAUAUAAAAAAUUGGCGGCCAAGGUAUUUCCUGCUAAAGACAGAUGGCUCUUUCAUAGGCUAUAAGGAGAAGCCCCAGGAUGUGGAUCUGCCAUACCCACUCAACAACUUUUCAGUGGCAAAAUGUCAGCUAAUGAAAACAGAGCGACCAAAGCCAAACACAUUCAUAAUCAGAUGUCUUCAGUGGACCACUGUCAUAGAGAGGACGUUCCAUGUGGACACUCCGGAGGAACGGGAAGAAUGGACAGAAGCGAUUCAGGCUGUAGCAGACAGACUUCAGAGGCAAGAAGAGGAGAGGAUGAACUGCAGUCCAACUUCACAAAUAGACAAUAUAGGAGAAGAGGAAAUGGAUGCUUCAACAACACAUCAUAAAAGAAAGACGAUGAAUGAUUUUGACUAUUUAAAGCUACUGGGCAAAGGCACGUUUGGUAAAGUUAUUCUGGUCCGAGAGAAGGCUAGUGGGAAAUACUACGCAAUGAAGAUUUUGAAAAAAGAAGUUAUUAUAGCGAAGGAUGAAGUAGCUCAUACUCUUACAGAAAGCAGAGUACUGAAAAACACCAGACACCCAUUUUUAACAUCCUUGAAAUAUUCCUUCCAGACAAAGGAUCGUUUGUGUUUUGUGAUGGAAUAUGUUAAUGGAGGAGAGCUGUUUUUCCAUUUGUCGAGAGAGCGGGUGUUCUCAGAGGACCGCACACGCUUCUAUGGUGCAGAAAUUGUCUCUGCUUUGGACUAUCUGCAUUCUGGGAAGAUUGUGUACCGUGAUCUCAAGUUAGAAAAUCUAAUGUUGGAUAAAGAUGGACACAUAAAAAUUACAGAUUUUGGACUUUGCAAAGAAGGGAUCACAGAUGCAGCAACUAUGAAAACGUUCUGUGGUACUCCAGAAUACCUGGCGCCUGAGGUAUUGGAAGAUAAUGACUAUGGUCGUGCAGUGGACUGGUGGGGAUUAGGAGUUGUCAUGUAUGAAAUGAUGUGUGGGAGAUUACCGUUCUACAACCAAGAUCAUGAAAAGCUAUUUGAACUGAUACUAAUGGAGGACAUAAAAUUUCCUCGAACUCUCUCUGCAGAUGCAAAAUCAUUACUUUCAGGCCUACUGAUAAAAGAUCCAAAUAAGCGACUUGGUGGAGGCCCAGAUGAUGCAAAAGAAAUCAUGCGUCAUAGUUUCUUUGCUGGAGUAAACUGGCAGGAUGUAUAUGAUAAAAAGCUUGUACCUCCUUUUAAACCUCAAGUGACAUCUGAGACAGACACCAGAUAUUUUGAUGAAGAAUUUACAGCUCAGACUAUUACAAUAACACCGCCUGAAAAGUAUGACGAAGACGGAAUGGACUGCAUGGACAAUGAGAGGCGGCCGCAUUUCCCCCAGUUUUCCUACUCUGCAAGUGGACGAGAAUAACUUUCUGUUCUGCUGCUUCACUGUCAUCUUAGGUUUAUCACUGAAAAUGAUUCCUGAGCAUCACCACCAGUACUAGAUAUUAUUUAAGAUAGCAGGGGCACUUUCAGAGCUCAUUCCAAAUUGAACAAGGUUCUUUCCCAAAUCUACCUAAAGUCCAUUUUGGUUUCUGCAUGAAAUACGGUAUUUCUGUACGCUCUCCUGCUGUUGCUGCUGCCCACAGUCUCAAUACAACAGCAGCAUCAAGAAGUAAUUACCAAUUUAUUUGAAGGUAGAUGACUUGACUUCAGC